ACAGGCUGCGGCAACAUCAACAUGUUCAAGCUGUGCUUGUAUGCAAACAUUAUUCUUGUGUGUGUCGGCAUGCAGGCGCAUAGGAAAAACGUUGCGCUAAACAAACCGUGUGGCAGCAGCUCUCGACAUAGUGAAUCAGAAAGUUGCUCAGGAGCUGUAAAUGGAAAUGAUGGUACUUUUUAUGAUCCCAGCGAACCUUGGAUUAACUGCAUUCAUACUGACUUUAAUGAUUUGAAGCCCUUCUGGUGGGUGGACCUGGGACAGGAGUUUACCCUGAACACCAUCACGAUCUAUGGACGAGCAAGUUUUAUAAAAAGAAUGAAAUGCGUGAACGUAUCCGUUGAUGGGAAAGUCAUCAAAAGAUUCGAUGAUCUGAGUGGUUGGACCAAUGAUACAUAUGACAUCAGAGCAGCCAUCAAGGGGCGAGUGAUCAACAUCACCAAAGACUGCGAUAGCGAGGGCACUAUGCUGAACAUCUGUGAGGUGCAGGUGUGGGUUUGUAACGACGGUUGGUAUGGAAACUGUUCCAUGACCUGUGGUCCCUGUGCUGAUGGCUCUGUCUGUGACAAGAUCAACGGCAAAUGUGCCAACUGUAAAAUGGGUUUCCAGCCACCCCAUUGCAAAGAGUCGAAAAGAGUGAGCGAGAGACAGAGAGAAGGCGUCAAAAAGGAAGUUCGCAAGACAGAGAGGAAGAGUAGGGGGCGUCAGAGGUGACAGUAAGAAAGAAAGACAGAAAGAACAAAAGACAAGAUGGAAAUAGUAGCAGAGAAGUACUAUCUUUACUCCGGACCUACCUUGGUAGGAAGAACCUCGCCAUCCAUUGCGACAGUGACAGUUUCCGUUGACAGGAUUGCACAAUCCUUUGUCACAGCCACGUCCACAGGUGAGAAAGCAGUCUAUACCCCAGUAUCCCUGUGAGCACUCUGUCAUUAUACAAGAUAUUUACAUAUUGGUCUUCAGCAAGAAAUAAGUCGAUUUAAUUAUUUUAAUUGGAAUCUUCUAUCUGCAACAGUAAGUUGUCUUGGUACAACCAGCUGUAAUCUCACAAAAAUAUUUCAAUUUAUUGCCAAAGA